CUGCUGCCACCUACAGGUCAAGAAUCAAACAGCACCUUGGGGUUUUUCAUUGUGUUUGGUAUCCAGCGUGUCUGUGCGGUUUUCCCCCGCAGCGCCCGCAGCCAGCGGCUCCCAGAGGGAAACAUGGCCUCCAUCAGAGAGCGAGCUGCGGCCCUGAAGCUGCCAGAGACGCUGCGGGCUUUUUCUCCUCCAGCUGCUGGAGUGAAAGCAGAGCAGUCGUUCUCCAUCUGGAGUGACCUCAUCGCCCACCUGAGGUCAAAGGUGAAGGUGAAACGCCGACUGGUCCAGUUCAAGGCCCACAGCGACUGCUUCGUCGGCUCUGAGGCCGUGGACGUCCUGCUGCAGCACGCCGCCAACGCUAGCGGGCUGCAGGGUGGCGCUGUCUCCAGAGAGCAGGUGGUGUGUGUGUGCCAGGCUCUGCUGCAGAGCGGUGCGUUGGAGGCCCUGGGAACCAGAAACAGGAGGCAGGAUGCGUUUGAGGACAGUGGGAGUGCUCUGUACCGGUUCGCCGAGCGGCGCCGUCCUGCCGUGGAGGAGCUGGAGCGAUGUGACGCUCUGGUGCAGCAGCUCUUCCUCGGCGCUCCUCCUCGGCCUGAAGAGCCGGCCGGGUCGGAGGGGCCGGUGGGCGGUCCCAGCUGGGGGCGCCAGACGGACGCAACGCUGCCUCAGUCCUUGGUCAAGGAGGUGUGGCAGGAGCAGACGCUGCUCAGGCUGCUGAACCUGGUGGAGCUCCCCCUGCUGGAAGGAGUCCUGCAGUGCAGCCAGAGCCCGACCUCUGACCCCUCAGCCGACCUGCUGCCUCACCGUAACCCUGACCUGAUCAGCAACAGCCUGGACAGACGGAUCCUCCAGGCCUUCAGGGAGUCCCAGGAAGACAAUUGGCUGUGCAGCGGUUUGGACUGUCUGGACUUCCUGCCUGACCAGCAGGUGGCGGCGCUGAGCAGAGAGCUGCCUCGCUGCAGUGACCCAGAACCACCACACAGGGGCGCCGUUCAAGAUGGAGGGCCCGGCAGUGAGGACGAUCUACCGGCUCGGCCCUCGGCCUCGGGGCAGCUGCUGCUGUUCAGCUCUCUGCUCAGGCACUACAGCAGUCAGCCGCCUCUGCUGCCUCCCAACAUGGUGGCCGUGUACGCGGCCGUGGCCGAGCUGCUAGAGAACGGACAGCUGGAAAAGGCGCUGGAGGCUCUGCAAUUGUGUCUGAAGCUGCUGCCCCCUGGCUGCCGGGAGGAGCUGCGCAGGCUGCUGACCUUCAUGGCUGCUGCGGCUGAACCGGGAGCGCUGAAGCUGGACAAGGAGGUGGAGAACAGAGCGGCGGUGAUGAAGGCGUUCUCCAAGGCCGUCCUUCACAGCAGGAGCUUCCCGAAGGAGAAGCAGGACCUGAUACUCAAUUUCCUGCUCAGUAACAGACAGGAAGUCUUCAAGAUUCCAGGAUCUCUGCACAAAACCAUCAGUGAGAAGCUGGCGGGGCUCGCUCAGCCCGAUGCUCCAGGCCCGCCGGCCUCCAGCCAGGCUCCUGCUGACGCAGUGAAGCUCGGCACCCAGCAGGCUCUGUUGGAGCUGCUGAGCAGCAUCAACCUGGACCGCAGCAUGGCGGCGAAGGAGAGGAGGCGUCUGCUCAGGCAGUUUUGCUCCGCCCAUCCAGAGAUCUUCCACCAGUACUUUGGGGACUCCGCCGCCUCUCAGAUCUAGGCAAACUUUUAUUUUCCUGCUUUUGAACCGUUUCUCCUUGUUUUCAGUGUUUUAUAUGCAGUUUCUGCUUCUUGUAUUUUCCAUGCAUGUUUGUUUGUUGACUUGCUUUAUUUUCUAAGAUAAUUAAAUAAACCUUAUUGAUUUCCAUAAAGAA